GCCUCCUCUCCGGCCUCCCCCACACCCGCAUUCCACCACGAAUUCCCCCACAACUCGAUCCAAUUCCGGUUCCUCCCACAACCGCAAUGAAGUUCGGCAAGAGCCUGAACAACCAGAUCGUGGAGACGCUCCCCGAGUGGCGCGACAAGUUCCUGUCCUACAAGGACCUCAAGAAGCGGCUCAAGCAGAUCGGCGCCGGCGACGUGGACGGCGAGCGGCGGAGCAAGCGCCAGCGCGUGGGGGGCGGCGGCUCCCCGCCGGCGAUGACCGCGGAGGAGGCCGGGUUCGUCGCCCUCCUCGACGCCGAGCUCGACAAGUUCAACGCCUUCUUCCUCGAGAAGGAGGAGGAGUACGUCAUCCGGCAGAAGCUGCUGCAGGACAGGGCGGUGAGCGCGGCGGAGACGGGGUCGGCGGAGGAGCUGCUGCGGGUGCGGAAGGAGAUCGUCGACUUCCACGGCGAGAUGGUGCUGCUCGAGAACUACAGCGCGCUCAACUACACCGGGCUGGUCAAGAUCCUCAAGAAGUACGACAAGAGGACCGGCGCGCUGAUCCGGCUGCCCUUCAUCCAGAACGUGAUGCAGGAGCCCUUCUUCACCACCGACCUCCUGUACAAGCUCGUGAAGGAGUGCGAGGCGAUGCUGGAGCAGCUGCUGCCGAGGAGCCAGCCGCCCGCGCCACCGAGCGACGACGGGAGGGAAGACAGCGACGGCGACGAUAAGCCUGUGGAUGCCGCCGGCUCCUCAUUGGCCAACGGCGGCGGCGAGGUCCUGGAGCUGGAGGAGAUCGAGGACAUGGAGAGCACGUACAUGAAGAGCACCGUGGCCGCGCUCAGGUCGCUCCGGGAGAUCCGGAGCGGGAGCUCCACGGUGAGCGCCUUCUCCCUGCCGCCGUUGCACGGCGCCAAUGGGCAUGCGGAGGAGCCGGAGCAGGAGGGCUGACGGGCUGCCGCCGUUUGCGUGGAUCGAAAUGACGGAGCAGCCUUUGUCGUCAGGUGGCUGGGCCGAUUGAUGUGUGUAAAAUGCUUCUUGCUUGCAAUGCUCAGAGAAGAUUUUCUUACUUCGGUUCUGCGCCAUGUACACACACAGUGAUUGCUUUCGCACAUAAUCUGGCAACUGAUGUAAAAGUGGGAUAAUAUCUUAUAGGGUGUAUAUACAAAUCUUGAGAAGGAUUCAAUA